UAUUCCAACAACAUUUUUUCAGUGGCCUGAGGUUACAGGGUGUGGCAGGGUGGGCGUGGCUGUGCCUGGUCUUGUGGCUAAGUUACGAGUCUCCUCGGAUAAGGACAGGGUGGGUCUGUGUGCGUGCUGGGAUUGGCCGACAUGUGUGUGUGUCGUUUGUGUCUCUUUUAUGAGGCUGUCACUGCCCCAAGACGCUCACUAUUCUCCUCCGUCUUCCGUGUGUGCUCCUAAAUCUCUGAGUGAAGUGAGGGAAAAGGCUGACUGACAGUUUAAAAGCUUCUACAAACACACCGGGCGGACUUCUCUUGUGGGUCUCCUGCACAACACUCCCAACGUCGGACGUCUCCAGGGCUACGGUUCAGCGGCCCGUGCGCCCUCUCGCGUAGCGAUUGUUUGUUGUGGCGUCAGGACGGCGGUGUGAGACUGAACCGAACGGGACGCUAGGCUCCAGGGCGGGCGGGUCCGGGGCGGACAUCGGCGUGCAGGCCUCACCGCUGUUGUGCUGCCUCGGUGAGCGUCGCCGGCGGCAACCUGAGAGCCGCGCCGCGCCGUGCGUGUCGGUUUCCUGUUGCUGCCGUUAUCGCGUUUCACAGACCGGGCUGAGCCAACCACAGGGCAUCAUGGGAAAGCAGCGAUGAUGUUUAUCGGAAUGGAGGUGCUUUGCAUGUUUUGUGGCGCGCGUUGAGGACCGUGUGACAGGACGGCACCGACUGCUGAUUGUCAUGUAGCCCAGAUAUGACAACUACUAGCGCUCACUCACAGGCAUCCAGCAGAGUGGAGCCGGACCCAACCACACGGAGCCGAGUUGACCCCUGACCCCUGACCCGUGACCCCUGACUGAGCCCCCCCCCCCCCCCCCCCCACAGCUCCCCCGGUGUCCGAUGGAGCUGAAGGUCUGGGUGGACGGGGUGGUCCGGGUGGUCUGCGGGCUAUCGGAGGAGACCUCCUGCCAGGAUGUGGUCAUCGCUUUAGCCCAGGCCAUCGGUCAGACGGGCCGCUACGUCCUGAUCCAGCGUCUACGGGACACCGAGAGGCAGCUGCUGGCCACGGACCGGCCCCUGGAGUCCCUGUCCAAGCUGGGCCAGCAUGGCAACGAGGUCCAGUUCUUCCUGCGGCGCACCGGCCCCAGCAGCGACAGCCCCGCCUCCAAACAGGACCUCUCGCCCUCCCCCUUCGCCCUGCCCCACCACUCGGAGCCCGAGCGCCUCAAACACAACCAGCCCAAGAAGUCCCUCACGUUCAACCUGGGUCCAUCCACCUCCCCGAAGACCAAGGCCCCCCAGACCCGGAGGUCCCCGCGGGACUCCCCGGAGCAGAGAGCCUCCCCGGCCCCUUCCCCCAGUCCCCUCUCGCCCUCGCCCUCGCCCCCCGUGGGGGUCUCCAAAGACGAGGUCUUCCGGCAGGUUCUGAAGCAGCAGGAGCGGCUGAGGGCCACGGAGGCCCAGCUGGAGGCCCUGGAGCGGGAGGCCCGGCCCUGGGAGUCCCCCCGGCAGUCGCCCUGCCCCUCGCCCGCCCUGGACCCCCACGCCCUGGAGGAGCUGGAGGUGCUGGAGCAGGCGGUGCGCCGCAACCAGGCGGAGCUGGCCCACGAGGACUUCUGGCAGGACGAGCUGCGGGCGGAGCUGGAGCAGGAGAAGGGCAUGAGGGCCCGGCUGGGCGAGCUCCACGCCAAAAUGGACGACUGCGGCCGCCGGCUCCACGGCAUCUCGGUGCGCUCGGCGCAGCUGGAGCAGGAGAUGGAGCGGGAGCGGAGGGAGGGCCAGGCCUGGGCCGACGGGAAGCAGCCCGAGGAGUCGAUAGUGGGGGUGAGGGCGGAGCUGCAGAGCCAGCAGAGGCAAGGGGCGGAGCUAGAGCAGCAGCUGACGGAGGGCCAGGCGGUGUUGGGCAAGGCGGAGUCACUGCUUCAGGCGAAGCAGGACGAGCUGGAGGAGCUGAACAAGGAGCUGCGGCAGUGUAACCUGCAGCAGUUCAUCCAGCAGACGGGGGUCCCCACCGCCCACGCCUACACCCGCACAGAGCUGCAAGAGCAGCUGGACCGGCUGGACCAGCUGGAGCUGGCCCAGCUCCUCACGGAGGAGUACAGGAACGGAGGCCAAGGUCUGCUCCCCAGCACAGACUCUCCGCCCCGGUCCACCGCCAAACAGUUCCUGGGUCAUCCCCGCAACCUGCAGAACCCUCUGGUGUCCAGUCUCAACCCCGAGGUCCUGGUAUCCAGGGAGCAGUCAUGGAGAUAAGCCAUGGACCCCCAGAUCUUCACGUUCAAUGCUCCAUCGACUCAUUUAAACCCCUUACCGUCUUACUGUUGUACGAUGACCUUGUUACCUUUACUACCAUCGUAAACAUACUGUAUAUUAUAUAUAUAUAUAUAUAUGUAUGCAAUUAUAUAUACAUGAUACAAAUAUAUAUAUACAGUAAUUUGCUACAGUGCACACUGAAAAAUACAUGUAUGAAAUGUUCAAAUAAUUUAGGACAACUUUAACCUACAGCAAUUAUUACUUUAUCUGUGUAUUUAAGUAUAAUAAAAAAAAAAACGUCAUUGUGUUCCUGAUAAAGUUUGUAUUUUUUUAUUGAUUAUUGUUACGCGGUUGUGACUGCAGGGGGCGCUAGACGGACACAUCCUCAGGAUAUAAAAACGAAAUAAUUAAAAUAAUCAUCACUAUCACAGAGGGAUGUAUCCACUACAGACCUACCCGAUAUUUGGUCAGGAAAAUGUAACAAUUUACAUCCCAAAGUCAUCUAAUAAACUCAGUCUUGUAAAUA